ACUUAAAAUACUAUAAAACUGUGUUCUUGCCCAUUUUUUCUGUUUUUGUGUACACUCCUCAGUUUUAAAAGAUAUUUCGAAAAAAGAAGAAUAGUUAAUGAUUAAGACAAAUAAAAUGUAUCGGUUCUGUGUGCUGUUACUUCUUGUUUAUAGAGAAGGAGCUGUUGAAGCAAAUGUCAAAGCUGAAUUGGAAGACGCACCAAAGGAUGAUUACAUUGACGGACAUCCACUUAAAUGUACCGAACUAAUCAAAGGGAAGUUUGAAAUAUUUGAAGUUCUUCCAGGUAUAGGAUGGGACAAUCUUCAAAAUACUGAGCUUGCUCAAAUUUUGGAUAAAAAAUACCACCAAUGUAAACUAACAGAAGAUGGAAAAUAUCUUAUUCCGGACAACGUGUUACUGAUACCUAUAAAACAAAGUCACGUGGACAUUUUCGCCCAGAUGAUGAGUAGUAUGAAUGAUUACACUUCAACCAAUGCUCAUUCAAUCAAUGGAGGAAUUAAUGCUAAUGUAGGAAAAGGUGAUGUUAAAGUCAGCGGAUCGUUCUCAUUUGGAUAUCAAAAGCUAAAACGCACUUUUCUAAGAGUAGCACGGUCAAACAUAGCGAGGGUGGAGGCUCGGUAUAACAGGUAUCGCAUUGUGUCGGACCCAAACGCAUCUUUACAUCCAUCAUUUAAACAAAGGUUGCUGGAGAUAGCAUCGAGUUACUAUAGUAACUAUGAUCAACAUGCCAUAUAUCAAUGCCAAAUACUUAUAAGGGACUUUGGAACACACGUUCAAACAAGUAUUGACGCAGGCGCCAUUCUGUUCAAAGAGGAUCAUAUCGAUUCAAACUCGACAAAAAAAGGUGACACUGAAACGAAAAGCUGGCAAAUCGCUGCCGGAAUAUCUUUUAGCACUAUAUAUGAUGGAGUCACUGUGGGCGGUGGCCUUGAAUUUGGAUACAACAACACUAAAAAAGAAGAAACCGUGAAGGAAUAUAACGACAAGAUAUCAUAUUCAGUCAUCAAGACAUUUGGUGGUAAAUAUUUUGAUAAAAAUACUUCAGUUGCAGAAUGGACAGACUCCCUCGAUAAUGAACUUGUAGCCAUUGAUAGAAAUGGAGUUCCUAUUUAUGAAUUAGUUUCAACUUCGACUUUACCAGACCUGCCCUUGUCAACCGUCAUGAAAGUUGAGCAAGGCGUGAAGGAUGCUUUCAUAAGUUACUACAAGCAUAACACAUAUAGAGGAUGUAUGGAUCCGAGAAGUAAAAACUAUGACAUCAAGGUGAAUGUUGCUGACAAUAGUGUCUGUGAUGGAAUAAAAGAUAAAAGUAUGUAUUUUGGUGGUGUUUUUCAAAGUUGCACAAUGUCAAUAUCUGAUGCUGGAGAUAUAUGCAAAGACCAUGUUCUGAAAAACCCAUUGACUAGGAACUUGACUUGCCCUGAGGGAUAUAUAGAUAUCAAACUAUUUUCAAAAUCAAUAAGCGCUUCUACGUCUCAUAAAACAUGUAAAGGUUGGUGGCCUAAGAAGUGUAAAAAAUGGGCAUCUCAUAGCGAAGGUAGAUACACAGCUUUUUGGUGCGCUCGCAGCGGCGGAAACAGAACACUUGAUCAAAGGUACAUAUUUGGCGGCAUAUAUUCCGAUUCCAGAAUCAACAGCCUUACCGGAGGAAGCUCUUGUCCAACUGAUUUUUUUCCGUUGGUAUUGGGAGAAGGUAUCUCUAUUUGUGCUUCUGAAAAGGAAAGCGAUAUCGGCGUGAGCUUUGGUGGUUUCUUCAGUUGCGAUACUGGAAACCCACUUGCACUUUCUAUAAAUGGAACACAUACUGAUGGUGUCAGAGUAUUUCCAAAACGAUGCCCGCAUGGUUAUAUCCAUCAAACAAUUGAAAUAAUCUCUGAUUGUGAAAUCGUUUUAUGCUCUGAAAACACAGAAAAAGGUGGGGAACAACAACUUCCAAUUCUGAAAAGACCGCCCUACAUCAGCAGGCCAAAAGCCCCAGAAGCAAACUAUACGGACAUUGUUUUAAUGAUUGAUGGCAAAUGGUAUAACAAUGAGAAAGCCUUUAAGAAAAUGACAGAAAUGGAAUCACUAGGUGAAGAGGUGAAAAAAUAUAUAAACGCACAGGCUAAAAUGGACCACGCGUUAGCAGAAAUGAAAAAUCUCUACUCGGAUAACGCAGAUCUGCCUGUUAUAGAAGAGAAAACUGGCGGUACAGUAUCGGCUGCUUCCGCAUCCAUAUCGUCAAUUAUUUUCAUAUCGUCAGCAGCAACGUUAGUAUGUGUUCUUCUGGCUACAUUUGCAAUCAUUAGAUUCAGGAAAGCAAGGAAAGAAAGAAAUGAUCAUUGUAGAUUGCAAGACAGCCAGUGUGAACUAGAGCAUGUGCAAGCGG